AUGCAUGCUAUUCAAAAGCGCUUAGAAAGGAAUAUUAAACAUCGAAAAAGUAGUAGACUGCCUGCUUUUGACAGUAUACGAAACUUGCCUAAAUGUGAAGUGCCUGACCCAAUAUCCGAGAGUCAGAAAAAGGUGGAACACAGAAGAAUGCAGUUGGAGAAAUGGAAAGAAGAAAAAGAGAAAAAAAAGACCAGAAUACCAGUAACAAAAGGUUUUUUUCUCUGUGCAGCAGAAAAGAAACCUUUUGUUGCUGGUAUUGUGCACCCGUCAUCGAAAUAUGUUCCACCACCUCCACCUAGACCAAUGCCUAGUAAGUACAUUGGGAGGAGUUACUAG